ACAACUUUGAGACUUGAGAGAUACAGAAUAUGAUGAGAAGAGACCAGGUUUGUAAACGUGUUUUCAAAUGUGUUUUCAAAUGUGUUUUCUUCUUUCAUUAUUUUUACACUAUGACGUUAGUGUUGAUUUAUUCAAAUGACUCAUCAAAAUGACGCGUCGAGAAUUGUUUAACGCGUGGCGCGCUGUUAACAUAAGGUCAAGUUUUCUAUUUAUAACGACGUCAUGAGACGAUUUUUCAUAUUUAUAGAACUGAUGUAUUUCCACCGCAAUGUUCACAGUAUAUAAAAUGCGCAUAUUUAAUUGUCCACUAACAAAGAGUGUGCACAAGUACGCAUUAACCAAUGUCUAUCUCCACUUGAUGAAUCGUUGAUGUGAAGAUGACUGUCAUGGGUUGUAGCAAUCUAUUCCCCUUCACAACCGCAUCCCUACUGGAUCUAUUUCAGCAGACCAAAACGUACCAGAUCAUCGAUUGUCGUUCGUACAUCGCGCAUCAUCGCAGUCACAUCAAGAAAGCCAUUAACGUAUGUUGCCCGACUAUAUUGAGACGAAGAUUAAGAAAAAGUGGUUCGUCAUUGGAAGCGUUAAUAUCUUGUGAAACAACGUUGAACAGUUUACGUGAAGUAAAUGUGAUUGUACUGUAUGACGACAACAGUGCUCUUCCACCGACCAGAAAUGAUACUUUGUCGUUUAUUGGUUCAAUCCUAGCUGUGAAUCUAAAGAAGAAAAUAUACUAUCUACUAGGUGGAUUUCAACUUUUCCAAGCAGAACAUCCAAACAUGUGUGAAUGGAAUCAUUUACCGUGCGGAGAUUUGCCCUCGAGGAACAGUGCAGCCUCAUCGCUUUAUUUAGAUUUUAAUAAAAAGAGCUCGCGAGAAUCAUCGUGCGAUGCAGAAGACAGAAGUCCCCCCGUUGAAAUACUUCCGUUUCUGUAUCUUGGUAAUGAGUUGCAUUGCUCUUCAAAAGAUGUAUUGGAAAAUCUUGGAGUGACAGCCGUAAUGAACGUUUCAAAAACCAUAAAUAAUCAUUUUCAAGGUAGCUUCGUUUAUAAAAACAUUCCGGUUGAAGACAAUCAUAAUGCGGAUAUUAGUCGAUGGUUUCAUGCUGCAGUUGAGUUCAUUGAUUCUGUUGAAACAUCAGGUGGUAAAGUUCUUAUACAUUGUCAAGCUGGAGUAUCUCGAUCUGCAACAAUUUGUUUGGCCUAUCUUAUGAGUAAAAAAGGAUAUAGUUUAGAAGAGGCGUACAAGUAUGUAAAGGCAAGACGCCCAGUAAUUUCACCAAACUUUCAUUUCAUGGGACAACUUCUCAACUGGGAGCGUGAAAUUAGCUGUUUUAAAAGCAGUAAGUCACCAGAGAAGCUGUCACCCUCCACUUCUUCACAAUGUUGUUUGUUCAGUUAUUCUGCUAUAAAAGCUACACCUGAUUCAAGAACAAAAAGUCUUCAUCAAAAUAAUUGUUUUGUCACUGUAUCAACACCAACGUGAUGUGAGCUAUGUUUGCUUUACUCUUUCUACUACGGUACACGAAAUGUUUUUGUAUUGGAAUCCACCGAAGUCUCACUUCUAUGACAAAUUAUUUGUUAUGUUCCCAUCCAUACAUUUAUAAGAAAAGAUUCGGUGGAGGGGGAAAUGUGUAUUCUGAUUCGGAAGUUCGAAAAAUGAGUCUACCAUGAAAAAAGUUCGUUCAUUUUGUAUAUGUACAUUUUGCUUUAGUUUCAUUUGUAAUAUUUUUGUAAAUAUCUCUUGGAAUAUAUGAUGUUUGUCUAAAGGAAAAAAACUAAUAAUAACCACGAUUUAAAGCGUA